CUCACCUCUGAACAAGAACCCACACACCACCCUGAGACCAUGACCCACUCCUGCUGCUCCCGUUGCUGCCAGCCUACCUGCUGCAGGACCACCUGCUGUAGGACCAAAUGCUUCCAGCCCACCUGUAAUGGAUCCAGCUCUUGUGGGUCCAGCUGCUGCCAGUCCAGCUGCCCCGCAACUUGCUCUCAAACCACCUGCUGCCAACCUACUUGUGUGACCACCUGCUGCCAGCCCACCUGCUGUAGGACCACCUGCUGCAAACCCACCUGUGUGACCACCUGCUGCCAGCCCAUCUGCGGUGGGUCCAGCUGCUGCCAGCCUUGCUGCCGCCCUGCCUGCUGUCAGACCACCUGCUGCAGGACCACCUGCCUCAAGCCUACUUGUGUGACCACCUGCUGCCAGCCCACCUGCUGUGAGUCCAGCUGCUGCCAGCCCUCCUGCCCCCAAACUUGCUGUCAAACCACUGAAACCACCUGCUGCAAACCUACUUGUGUGACCACCUGCUGCCAGCCCACCUGCUGUGAGUCCAGCUGCUGCCAGCCCUCCUGCCCCCAAACUUGCUGUCAAACCACUGAAACCACCUGCUGCAAACCUACUUGUGUGACCACCUGCUGCCAGCCCACCUGCUGUGGAUCCAGCAGCUGUGGACAAACCUGCGGUGGUUCUAACUGCUGUCAGUCUUGCUGCCAGCCAGCUUCCUGUGCACCCGUGUACUGCCACAGAACCUGCUACCACCCCACAUGCUGCUGCCUGCCUGGGUGCCAAGACCAGAGCUGUGGAUCCAGCUGCUGCCAGCCUUGCAGCCGCCCUGUCUGCUGUCAGACCACCUGCUGCAGGACCACCUGCUGCCACCCCAGCUGUGUGUCCAGCUGCUGCCAGCCUUCCUGCUGCUGAUCACUUUGCUAAAGAAUCACUGUCUCACAAAUCAAUAAUCUUACCACCUGAUUUGGCAUUUCAGAACAAAUUUUACUUCCAAAUGUUGCUGAAAGCAACAUUCUGUCACCAAAUUUAUGUUAUUCAUUUCCCUGUUUAAAAGUCUGAGGAUCAACUUG